UAUUCAUUGGUGGAUGAGCUAAAACUUGUCCUAAAAGAAAGUAGAGUCAUGUACUGGGCAAAAUCACUCUUCAACUACACUUACAAUUACAUUGACCACCAUAUCAGCACUUCACCAACACCUCCACCCUUUGAGACCCCUCAUGUGAAUUUUGUCAAUGCUAGUGUUGCUUUGGGGUAUGGCCAGUGCAGAGCUGUUUUGCCCAUUUAUCUUCUUGAAGAGUGCAUCUUGUUUGACAAUAAGGAGGAGUUUACCAAGUUCAUUCACAACAUGGACUGUGUUCCUUCUCUCAAUAAAGAUGAAUAUGAAUAUGAUCUAGCUGUUUUCCUUGCAUUCAUGCAGCAUGUU